AUGUCUUUGGAGCAGGCCAUUCCCUCCGCGAUAAUGCUAGUGGAUCGCCUCAUAGAUUACACCAAGACACAGACAACCAAGGGCAAAGUUCAAAGCCUUGCCAAGCUCUGCGACGAGACCCUAGAGCAAAUGAAACAGGAAUCAGACCAGCUGGAGGCUUGGCGAGACGACCAAGAAUGGGCUGUUACUCUCGACAAAUUAGCAGCAGUCCAAGAGGGCAAUAAAAAUCUUCAGGAAAAGUAUCGCAACAUGAAACUGGGAACAAAAUUGCUCAAGUCCAUCGCGCUUAGGUCUGAAGCCACAGCCUUGUUCGAAAUUGCGGUCAAGAUUGAAACACAAAUCAAUGUCGUCAUAAGGACCUCCCGAGCGCAGAAGACUAGGGCCGCCGCCGCAAAGAUGCACCUCGAAGCCCUUAGAGCUGGAUCCCGCGGAGAGCUGACACCUUACAAGAGGCUGCAGUUGGAGAUGGAGACCGAUUUAUUAGAGGCAGAGAGGCUACGGAAGCUAAGGGACGUCAAGAUGUGUGAAGAUCAGCUCGAGGUGCUUCAUGGGAAGCUGGAACCCACUCAGAAGGAGGCAGAGACUUCGGUUUCCGUUGGCGCGAAUGAUCCGAAAAACAUUGUCAAUGCUCUGGAAGAGCUUCAAGUGUUGAGUGGGGAAGAAUAUGCACGAAUCAUGGCUGCGAUGGUGGGCCACACUGUCGACGUUUCGGUCCCGAGAGCAUCAGACAUUGGUUCUGGUCCUUCCAACAGCUGA